GACAGGGACGGCUGUGUGCACUGAUCUCAGGCAGUCAUGGGUAACUGGGUGGAGAAUGAAGGACUGUCCAUCUUCGUCGUUCUUGUAUGGCUGGGGUUAAAUGUCUUCCUCUUUUGGUGGUACUAUCUUGCAUAUGAUAUCCCACCAAAAUUCUUCUACACCAGAGUGCUCCUUAGCCAUGCUUUGGCUCUGGCAAGGGCCCCUGCAGCCUGUCUGAAUUUCAAUUGCAUGCUGAUUCUGUUGCCAGUAUGUCGAAACUUGCUGUCCUUCCUCAGAGGAUCAAGUGCGUGCUGCUCUACCCGUGUCAGAAGACAGCUGGACAGGAACCUCACCUUUCACAAAAUGGUAGCAUGGAUGAUCGCCCUUCAUACUGCAAUUCACACCAUCGCACACUUAUUCAACGUAGAGUGGAGUGUGCAGGCACGUGUUGAGGAGAAACAAACCCUGGCAGCUGCACUUUCUAGCCUUGGUGAUGGCCCAAAUGAAAGCUAUAUCAACUUUUAUAGAAAAACUAUUGGGAAUCCUGUGGGGGGUCUGUAUGUGGCUUUCACAUACUUGGCUGGUCUCACUGGAGUCAUAAUCACGCUGGCUCUCAUACUAAUCAUCACCUCGUCUACCAAAACCAUCCGAAGAUCAUAUUUUGAAGUAUUUUGGUACACCCACCAUCUCUUUGUCAUCUUCUUCAUUGGUCUUGUUAUCCAUGGUGCUGGGCGUAUUGUACGGGGGCAAACAGCUGAGAGUCUGGCUGAACAUAAUCCAGAGCUUUGCUACAAGAACUUCACUGACUGGGGGAAGAAGGGUUCUUGCCCAAUACCCCAGUUUUCAGGGAAUCCUCCUAUGACAUGGAAGUGGGUAGUAGGUCCCAUGUUUUUGUACCUGUGUGAGAGAUUGGUGCGGUUUUGGAGGUCACAGCAGAAGGUUGUUAUCACCAAGGUGGUCAUUCACCCUUUCAAGACGAUUGAGCUCCAGAUGAUGAAGAAGGGCUUCAAGAUGGAGGUCGGGCAGUACAUUUUUGUCAAAUGUCCAGCAGUGUCUAAACUGGAAUGGCAUCCAUUCACAUUAACCUCUGCUCCAGAAGAAGAUUACUUCAGCAUUCACGUCCGUAUUGUAGGAGACUGGACAGAGGGCUUGUUCAAUGCCUGUGGAUGUGAUAAGCAAGAAUUCCAGGAGGCAUGGAAAUUACCCAAGAUAGCUGUGGAUGGCCCCUUUGGAACAGCGAGUGAGGAUGUAUUCAGUUACGAAACUGUUAUGCUUGUUGGAGCUGGAAUAGGGGUCACCCCUUUUGCAUCUGUACUCAAGUCUGUUUGGUACAAAUACUGCCAUGAUGCGACCAACCUAAAACUCAAGAAGAUUUAUUUUUACUGGCUUUGCAGGGACACUCAUGCCUUUGAAUGGUUUGCUGACCUCUUGCAAUCUCUGGAGGCUCAAAUGCAGGAGAGGAAUAACGCAGACUUUCUCAGCUAUAACAUCUACCUGACAGGCUGGGAUGAAUCUCAGGCCACUCACUUUGUAAUGCAUCAUGAAGAAGAGAAAGAUGUGAUUACAGGCCUUAAACAGAAAACCUUGUAUGGAAGACCUAACUGGGAAAAUGAGUUCAAAACUAUUGCGGGGCAGCAUCCUGGCUCCAGAAUAGGUGUUUUUCUGUGUGGACCUGAGGGCCUAGCUGACACACUCAACAAGCAGAGCAUCAGCAACUCAGAAGCUGACCCAAGAGGAGUACACUUCAUUUUUAACAAGGAAAAUUUCUAACUCCCAAGCAUAUGGGAGGCAUUCGGUACAACAGCUAAAGACUGGAUCUCUUUUUCUAUUUGGAGUCUGGGAAGGACAGCCCAGCUUCUAAUGUCAGCUACACUAAUGCAGAUCUGUUUGCUUCUUGGAAAAUGUUUUGGUGCUGUGGUAGAGUAAAAGAGUCAAGUUUUAUCUUAGGCAAGUUUGCAAUACCUUCUGCAUGCUUGCAAUUUAGUAUAAAUCUAUUUCCUUUGUUUGUGUGUGGGGAUUUCCACUCAAUUAACUGCCUUUAUCCUCAUAUUAUUCAUAAUGACUGCUGAAGCAUCUAGAAAGCCAUAUGCAUUUGAGACCCAAUUCAAACCUAUAAAGCUUAAUGCUAUUAAUCAAUAAAGCAAUCUAGCCUAAUGCUUGCUAUUAGGAGACAGCUUAUCCUGGGUGCAGACAGGCCCUGGAAUGAGGGGUGCUCAGGAACAGUGACUGGGAAAGAUUAUUCCUUACAAGAGGAAAUUUCCUUUGCACACCGGCAUCUUUCAGGCUUCCAAAUGCAUGCCUAAAUGUCUGUCUGAGAGAUAACACAGGCAGCUGAAAAACAGCCCUUCCUCUUUAGGAAAGUGGAGCACCAGAAAGAAACCACCUGGAUUUCUGAGUGCCACCCCCACCCCAGCUGCCUGGGGAUUGACGAGGCUGGAUUCAGACCAAGUCCCACACCUGGCAUCUGAGCCAUUGCGCGGCUGCUUUGAACACUCAGUUUCACAUCUUCAAAUUCAUGGUGCAAUGAUCCAAAGAAGAAGAGGCUUUGUGUUUUAAAUACUGCAAUUUCUGUUUUUCAAGGCUGAAAAAUCUUGUUGCUAAAUGAUUUAAUGGGUAUUUUCUGAAGCAUUCUAUUGUUUAGCUGCUCCUCUUUGAUGGUGAAACAGGUUUGAGAAAGCAGUGAUCAUGUGGGCAGUAACUGGAAUAGCUGUGAAUAGUUUCUGAUGUGUACAAGACACCCAUACACAGCACAGUACUCCUGUAUAUACAUUACAGGUAACAGAUUCUUAAAGAAAAAGGAACUGAAACUUUUCAUGCCAGCAGCAAAGGAGAAAAAAAAAAUAAAAUGAAGGGGGGGAGGAGGUACUAAAACCAGCAUCACAGAUAUAAAUGAAAAAACCAAAUGCAAAAAAGCCUUGAAAAAAGCCACACUUUAGUAUAGCCUGUCUCCUGUUCAGCUUAAUGACUUUUAAACUCCACAGGCAAGACCUGCAAUAGCUCCUACACAGCAUAAGACCUUGCUUGCUAUAUUUAAAUAUUACCCAAGCACUCCAUGCUACUUCAGAAGGAUAGCUUACCAGUUCCGAUUUAACAAGAUCAGUUUCUAGUGAAUGCUGGCAAAGAUGAACUCAUGGUGGGGAAUUUUUCAGUUCUUUCCCUCAGAAGGGUCAUAUUUAAAUCCACAAAAUUCUGUUUGAAGCACACCUAUUAAAUCAGAACAGGGGUUGGACUAGAUGAUCUCAGAGGACCUUUCCAACCCUAACAAUUCUGUGAUAAACAGAAUUAAAGAAACUUCCAUGAAAUAAAAGUAUUGCUACUGAAACAUGAUAAGGCUCUUACCCUGUGCAGAGAGCAUUGAAGUAUCUGCCUUUGAUUUUAAUGGAAAUGUGUUCAGGCUUUCGUACUACUAAAAAGUGGGCAAAGGAGAAUUGCAUGGGGUCUAAUGGGGACAGUGUAUUUAUCAUGUGAAGAGUCUUGAAGGAGUGUAUUUCAUUUCACCCUAAUAUUACCGUGUUUAUUCUUGAAACUCCAGGGAUCUUUCUUUACUCAGCCAGUUGUAAUGACACUCCCUGACAUGCUGCACACUGGUACCAGUUUGUCACUUUUAAGUCAGAAAAAGGAAUUCUAUGCUUGUUAAUAAAUAACCGUCUCCCUAAAAUGUGUAAAAGAAUAAGCAGGUGAGAGCUUCUCAAUUUAUUUCAAAGGUUUCUUAUAUUAAAUCCUGCUAAUAUAACAACCCAUGCA